CUCUCUAACCCCAAAAAGUCCACAACUCUCUCUCUUCUUCUUUAUGGCGGUGGAGCUCAUGACUCGGAAUUACAUCUCCGGCGUCGGAACUGAUAGCUUCGCCGUUCAAGAAGCAGCAGCUUCAGGACUCAAAAGUAUCGAAAACUUCAUCGGUUUAAUGUCUCGUGAUAGCUUUAACUCUGAUCAACCCUCUUCUUCUUCCGCCUCCGCCGCCACCACCACCGCCGAAGAUCUUGAAUCAGCUCGUAACACGACGGCGGAUGCGGCGGUUUCAAAGUUUAAAAGAGUCAUAUCUCUUCUAGAUCGAACUCGAACCGGACACGCCCGGUUUAGACGCGCUCCGGUUAUUUCUCCGGUUAUUAAUAAUCAAGAAGAACCAAAAACGACAACGUUUCAAUCUCCUCUUCCUCCUCCUCCGCCGCAAAUGAUACGAAAAGGUUCGUUUUCUUCAUCGAUGAAAACGAUUGAUUUCUCAUCUCUCUCCUCUGUAACAACGGAAUCAGACCAACACAAGAAGAUUCAUCGUCCUUCUGAAACGGCGCCGUUUGGGAGUCAAACUCAAAGCCUCUCCACGACGGUUUCUUCUUUCUCAAAAUCAACAAAGAGAAAAUGUAACUCUGAGAAUCUUCUCACCGGAAAAUGCGCUUCUGCUUCUUCCUCCGGUCGUUGUCAUUGCUCCAAGAAAAGAAAGAUUAAACAGAGGAGAAUAAUUAGGGUUCCGGCGAUAAGUGCAAAAAUGUCCGAUGUACCUCCGGACGAUUACUCAUGGAGAAAAUACGGACAAAAGCCAAUUAAAGGAUCUCCACAUCCAAGAGGAUAUUAUAAGUGUAGUAGCGUAAGAGGUUGUCCAGCUCGUAAACAUGUGGAGAGAGCAGCUGAUGAUUCGUCGAUGUUGAUUGUUACUUAUGAAGGAGAUCAUAAUCAUUCUCUCUCCGCCGCUGAUCUUGCCGGAGCCGCCGUUGCUGAUCUUAUUUUGGAAUCGUCUUGAAAACAAAACAAAGGCUUUUAAUAUAAAAUAGAUCUUAGU